AAACUGCUUAAGUAAUUUAAUAUACUAAUACACUUUAUAUUUUGUUGUUUGAACAUGCGCCGCAUAAUCAAAUUCUUAAACAAACUAAGGAAAUUUCGUCCGAAACUGGGUAGCCAGCAACAGUUUGAAGAGCCGUGUCGAACCUCAGCCCAGCAAUUCAAGAAACGCAGUUUAAAUGUUUCAUGUACAAAACCCGGCGACAAUACAAGAAAAAGAACUCAAUGCAGCGAGCAGCUCGAAACUGAUUGGAAAAAAUCAAACUGCCAAUUAGAGAAGCCCUGCGAAGAAGAAGAGGAAAAAGCUGAAGCUGAAGCUGGCAAUGAAGCCGUUUGGCCAAUAUUGAAAAAAGUCCUUUUGAUGUGCGCUGGUCAGCAAAAACCGCUCUACAGUCAAGCGGACAAUAUUGAGGGCAGCCUGGUGGAUGUGCUGGAAGUGCAGCGUUUUGUAAGCGAUGUAUUCAUGGCUUUGGAAGUGCCACCAAAGGCGGCCAGCGAAAUGUCUGAUGUGCUAAUUGCUGCUGAUUAUAUGGGACAACGUCAUAUGGGCAUACAUCGACUGCCAGCAAUAGCAGCGGAUCUGCUUAAUCUUACAGUCGAUCCGCGCAUGCAGCCCAAGAUUAUUUGUGAACGCAAAGCGCUGGCUUUGGUGGAUGGGCAGAAUGCACCGGGUCCGGUGGUGGCCAACUUUUGCAUGGACCUGGCCAUGCGCAAGGCGCGUGAUGAAGCCAUUGGCUUUGUAGCUGCCAGACAUUCCAACAACAUUGGCAUGGCUAGCUGGUAUGCCUGCCAGGCUUUGGCACAGCGUUUGAUUGGACUAUGCAUGACGAAUGCGCCGCCAGUGCUGGUGCCCAGUGGUGGCAUUGAGCCGCUGCUGGGCGGCAAUCCCAUUUCCUUUGCCGCCUCUAGCACUUGCGAACAAUUUCUGGUUGACUUGGGCAUGGGUGCGCAAACGAUUGAGCAACUGGAGCUGGACUACUGCAAUGGGCACUUAACCGAGCUGCCCUCAGCGCAGUUGGCACUGGAUUGCCAGGGAGUGCCAACUACUUGUGCGGCCGAAGCGUUGCGUGCGCAGCGACUGCACGCUUUUCAGCCAGAGUACAAGGGCUUUGGCUUAGCUGCCAUGGUGGAUGUGCUGUGUGGCGUCUUGACUGGCGCCAGCUAUGCAACACAGCUGCGACGUCGCGGCAUUUACAGCACUCACAGCCAAAGCGCUGAUCUAGGUCAGAUUUUUGUAGCCAUAGAUCCCAUGCACUUCUCGGCGAGAUUCGACGAGCGACUGGCGGAUUUUCAUCAGCUACUGCGCCAAGGCAGCAGCUGCAAUGCGCCACUUGUGCCUGGCGAUCAGGAGAUGCUGCAUAUGCAACAGGUGGACAAUCAAGGAGGCCUCAUCAUAUCACCUUGUACGCUCAGCGUGCUGCAGGAGCUGGGCGACAGUUUCAAUAUUGAUGCGCUCUGUGUUAAAACUUGUGACAAGCAGUAAGCGUACAAAAUAAAAGUGCAAACACUUCAUCAAAUCAAGUAGUUGCUCCGCUUUGUGCUCUUGCAAAGCUUUGCAAUAAAGAAACA